GGUGCGUGGUGGCGGGCAGCCGCCCCCCCCCCACCGUGUCCACGCGCCGCGGUGUCUGUGUGUCCUUGGCUGCGUGUCCUGCCUGCCUCUGCUGGGCGUCCGGGUCUCCGGGUGGCUGUCUGGGAGGUGUGGGUGCCUGUGUGUCGGCAUGUCCGUGCGGGGCCGUCUAUGCCGGGGUCGCCCGGGUCGCAGCGCCCCCGUGGGGUCCGGACCUGAGCCUCCGCUCACGCGGGCUGCCCGCAGCCCAGGCCCCCAGAUCGUGAUUGGGGUUUGGUUCCGGGAUGAUUCUGAGGCCCUUCAAUGGGUCCGGGGUCUCGCCGGUCUCCGCCCCCUUCCACAUCUUUCUCACCCACUCACCCCCCCCCUCACCCCCGCGCCUCGCGCGGCCCCAGAGUCCAGACAAUGCUGUCACCGCCAAAGCAGGAAAAAAUAAUAAAGCGAAGAACCUUUAACUCUUUCCCCACCGGAGUCGGCCUGUGCUCCCGAACCAGCCCCUCCGCCCACGAGCCCCAGGGAGCCCUGGGCCCCCCAAGGUCUCCAGGCCAAGUGUAGCUCCAUCCCAAGGGUAGCUCCAUCCCAAGGAUAGGCCUCUAUCCUCGCUUGGGGGCGGGGUGCGGCGGGGGGAGAAGGCUGGGGUUGGUAGGCAACCCCCAGGAAGCACCUUCCCUACUCCAUUCCGGUUCCCCCUCCCCCUAGGCUGUCAGCUCCAACCCACCAUCCCCAUUCUUUGCCCAAGGUCAGGUUGGAACAGGCUACCACAUCCUGGCUCUCCACUGGCUCACCAGGUGGGGAAACUGAGGCCUGGGACUGGCUCAGGGUGGUUAAAGAGAGGUUAGACUCUGUCUCCAACCUCGGCUCAUUGUUCAUCUACGGGGCAGGGAGACCCUCUGCCCCCAGUGAGGGCAGAGUCUGGCAGGGCUGUUGGGCUGACUAGUCAGAGGCGAGGCUCCAGCGACAGGGUGUGGGCCAGGAACCACCUUUCCUACCUUCUCCUCAGGAGCCCCCACCCCCUGCUUUGGCCUAGGAUGAAGAGGCAGGAUUGGUAAGGGCAGGUAGAGCAGGAGAAAAUACUGGGCUCCCACAGGAACUCCUGAGAGCCCCCACCCCCACAGCCUAUCACAGGCUUGCCAAGUACACAACAUAGAAUCCCUCAGUGACAUCGAAAGCCUAGGAGGAAACACCAUGCACCAUGGAAAAACUGGGGCCGGGCCCUAAAGUGAUGGUGCAGGCAGGCCAGAGAUGGGGGCUCCCGUGCCUGUCGGGCAGCUGCCAGAUCCUGGCCACCUGAGAAAGAGCUUGAAACCGCUCUGGCUUGGGACUACUGGAUUAACUGCAUGCGGGCGCCCCCCGUGGCUUGGGACCUCCUUCCCUUGCAAUUCCACCUCCAUGCCCUUUCUACAGGCCUUUGGAAGUCGGAGCCUCUUCUGCCCUCAGCAGACCCCACCUGCCCUGUAGCCAUCACAGCCCUGACACCAGGAUCCAUUCUGGGACCUGGGACCAAGCAGUCCAGACCACCCUCCCCAGGCCACUCCCAGGGAAUGGCUGGGGUAGGACCUCCCCCUGCCACCACCCCUGCCCCUGCAGUCUCACAGCAAACACUGCAGAGAGCUGCAGGAGGGGCAAGGCUGAGGCCAUCCCUCUUCAGUCAAUUUGUAAGGAAUUUAGGGAAGAGACCCAAGGAAAUGGGCCCAGAUCCUAAUACAAGAUUCAGAUUAGACUUCAGGCAGGAUUUUUGGACACGUGGAGACAAAAUGGGAGGGAUCUCACCUGGGGUGAUGCCAAGCACCAAUGUCUCCUUGCCCAUGACGCAUGCAUGCAUGGCUGAGAAGGGGCCAGGCCACUGAAAACCCAUCACCUGCGUUUUGGGGGCAGCUUCUGGUCAAUUCCCUCAGUGGCCUGAGCCACAGAAGCAAGCGGGGCUUCCAAAGAGAGGGACUGUGGCUGCUGGCAGGGUUGAGGAGACUGAGCUUUCCCAUGAGGCCACUCCAUGGUAAGUCCGUAGGCCCCACAACAGGCCCCCCUUGCCUCUAGGAGGCCUGGACCCUGGCUGAGGGGAGGCAGAGUCAGGGGCAAGUGAGGUGGGGAGGGCCUCCCCGAGUUACAGCUGGGGGAAAGCACCAUUCAACUCAGGACAGAUGCCCCCCAGGUGCCAGGCUGCCACUUCAUGAAGCCCAGAGAAGGGCAAGGAUUUGCCAAGGUGUCAGGACUGCUCACAGCCCAGGCAGCACCUUCAGCAGAGCAAAUCAGGCCUCCGCUCUGCACCAGGGUCAUCCAAAAAAUAGGGUCAUAGUCUUUGUCUUCCUCCACAGUGGGAAGUCUUGGCCGUGUUUGUAGGGGCUCUUGGCCCAGACAGAAGUUGUGCGUCAUCUCUUUCUAGCUAGCAUUUACCGAGUACUUACUAGGUGUUGUGCUAAGUGCUUUCCAUCCAGCGCCUCCUGAGUUCCCACACUGACCCCAUGAUGGAAGUGCUGCUCCUAUCCUGAUUUCACAGGUGAGAAAACUGAGGCUCAGAGAGGGGGCCCUUGCCUAGGGUCACCUGGAAAGCCCCCUGUAUCUGGGAUUGGAGUGUGGGCUGCUUGUCUGCACAGCCCACAUCUGAACCACCACCACCAAAGUCUGCAUGCCUUGGCAGCCUCCUCAUGGCGCUCAUCCCCAUCUGUUGGGCACCUCUAAUGACAAGCAGCCUGCCGGGGCAAAACCAGGCAUCCUUCCAUCCCUGCAGCUCCUGCCACCUCCCCUCCUUGAUGCCCAGGUGCCCAUCUCCCUGUACAUAGUAACCAGUCACACGUGGGGCCUGAUCCUGACCCUGCCACUCUGUGGCCUUGGGCAAGUCAGUUAAUCUCUCUGGGCCUCAGUUUCCUCAUCUGUAAAAUGGGGGCAAAACACUAUUCCUGUCACAGGGCUGUUACUAGGAUUCAUUGAGAUCACACAUUGGAACACUAGUGCCUGGCCCAUGGGAAGCACUUGACCAACAGCAUCAAUUACUGUUAGUAGUGAUAAUAAGCCAGCUGUAGAGGCUGACAUGUGGGGUGAAGGCUGAGGAUGGCUUUCCCUGGGGCAUGGCUGCUUCAGCUCCUCAGCCUUGUCAUUGAAAUGGGCUGCUGCUUUGAGAAGCUGGAAGCUCAUGGCCUGACUCUCUGAGGUCCGGUGGGAGGGAGAGGGGAACCCCAGGUCCUUAGAAACUGAGGUGCCAAACCAUCUUCAAGGUGGAAGCAGGCCUGGCCUCCCCCAUGCCCUAUUUCGUCCCGCUUCCCACUUGGGGAGCUGAAGUGUGAAGGUCUGGGAUGGCAUGAAGGUCCCGCUGGCCAUGGCGAGGCUAAGGGAAUGGGCUGGCUAAGGGAAUGGGCGCUCAGCCCAGGGGCAUAAUGGGGAUGGGACCUGGCUCUACCCAACUUCUCCCAGCUCUGUCCCUUGCUCUCUGGGACUGCCCAAGGGCUGUGGAGGCAGCUAAGGAAGCCUCUUGGGGGAGAGGACAGCUAGCUCUAACCCUCACCCCUUCAGUAUCUUUUCCUCUCCCUGAAGGUAUUAGCAAGGCUCUAGGGCUGGGGGAGCCUAGGUGGUGGGACUGAGUCCCCUUGAGAAGGCCUCUGGGGAUUUCAGAACUGCUCAGGACGACCUCCUGGACCUUUUGCUACUGGAGACAGCCCUCCCACAGCCUUCCGCUCCCACUCCAGCCUGUGUGAACUUCUCAAAUAUUUGCUCUCCCUGGGCACUGUUUUGGCUGAGCUAGGAGGAGAGAGCAUCCUGAGGUUCCCUAAGGCUGCCCUGUCCCUUUCGCAUGCAGUGUCCUUUAGAGCUGCCAUGGUCCCUGCAUCCUCUCGGUAGGGGAGGACCCACAGAACACCCACCGCCCAGGCUCCUGCCAGCAGAGCCCUCAGAGGCUGGGUUUCCUGCCUUCCUCUUUCCUUAGGAAAAGCUCCACCCCCUUGCCCCAUCCUGCAUGGGAGAUUGGACACACUUUGGAGCUGGGGCUUUGCUGGCCCAAGGCCUCCCUUCAAGGAUCGAGACCUCCACAGGGCCUUUGGGCCAGGGCUGAGAUUUCUCCAGGACCCAGCAGUUGAGGGCCAGGCCCAUUAGCCAGAAAAGCCUCUUGAUCAUACUGGACAAGUCGGUCCCCAGGAGCCCAAUCUCCCUAGUGGGAAACCCCCUCCCAACUCAGAGCCUUGGGCCAGACUGGGAUAAAGACCACACUGUUCCCCUAGGAGGGGAGGAGGGCUGGGGCUGGAGAAAGGUAGCUCUGUUGGCCGCACAAGGCCCCAUUCAGCCUGGGGCCUGGCUGUCCCGGGCAGGCUGGCCAGACUCGAAGCAGCCUCGGCCUCCUCAGGCCUGGGAUGGCUGGCCAGGCCAGGCAGCAGCUUCCAGAGCAUAGGGUGGAGGCCCCAGUUUAGGCCUGGUGCAUCUUGAGCCCUGCCAGCACUCCACUGCCUCUAACCCCUAUGCCAGGUGGGCAGGUUGGUGCUCACCAGGCUGAGCGUGUGUCCAGGGGGACAGGGUACCCCUCAAGGGGCUCAGCCUAGAUCCCCUGCCAGGUCCCUGGGGAGCCUGAGGAGACCAGACCCGCAAUGGACUGUUUUCCAUCUCCCCUGAGGGACCAAGGCAGUAGGAUGGACUUCCUGACCAUCAGGUGGCAGGGAUGAGGCAGAGUCCCUGUUCUGGGGUAGGCUUCCUCCUGCUUACCCCUCUCUGGAGGAGUGGGGCUGCUCUGUCAGAAGCCGCCCAGAGUUGGGCCAGAGGCAUAAGGGGAGCCUGCCUGAGUGGAGCCCCACCUACAAGGUCUGACAGCCUCUCCCAUCUCCCCGGGCAGAGCUCCUACCCCAUCUGGGAGGACUUCAACUCCAAGGCCACAAAGCUGCAUUCCCAGCUGAGGACCACCGUGCUGGCUGCUGUAGCCUUCCUGGAUGCCUUCCAGAAAGUGGCCGACAUGGCCACCAACACCCGAGGGGCCACGCGAGAUAUCGGCUCGGCGCUCACGCGCAUGUGCAUGCGCCACCGCAGCAUCGAGACCAAGCUGCGGCAGUUCACCAACGCGCUGCUGGAAAGCCUCAUAAACCCACUGCAGGAGCGCAUUGAGGACUGGAAGAAGUCGGCCAACCAACUGGACAAGGACCACGCGAAAGAGUACAAACGUGCCCGGCACGAGAUCAAGAAGAAAUCGUCCGACACGCUGAAGCUGCAGAAGAAAGCACGCAAAGGGAAGGGAGACCUGCAGCCCCAGCUGGACAGCGCUCUGCAGGACGUUAACGACAUGUACUUGCUGCUGGAGGAGACAGAGAAGCAGGCUGUGCGCCGGGCCCUGAUCGAGGAACGCAGCCGCUUCUGUACCUUCAUCACCUUCCUGCAGCCAGUGGUGAACAACGAGCUGACCAUGCUGGGGGAGAUCACCCACCUGCAGGGCAUCAUUGACGACCUGGUGGUACUGACUGCAGAGCCCCACAAGCUGCCUCCCGCCAGCGAGCAGGUGAUCAAAGACCUGAAGGGCUCAGACUACAGCUGGUCCUACCAGACACCACCCUCAUCGCCCAGCAGCUCCAGCUCCCGCAAGUCCAGCAUGUGCAGUGCCCCCAGCAGCGGUAGCAGUGCCAAGGGUGGCGGAGCCCCAUGGCCUGGGGGCACCCAAACAUACUCACCCAGUUCCACCUGUCGCUACCGCAGCCUGGCACAGCCAGCCGCCACCGCCCGCCUCUCCAGUGUUUCCUCCCACGACUCUGGCUUCGUCUCCCAGGAUGCCACCUAUUCCAAGCCCCCCUCGCCCAUGCCUUCAGACAUCACCAGCCAGAAGUCCUCCAGCUCCGCGUCCUCUGAGGCCUCGGAAACCUGCCAGUCUGUUAGCGAGUGCAGCUCCCCCACCUCGGACUGGUCUAAGGCCGGCCCCCACGAGCAGCCUGCAGGCACCACCCUGCAGCGGAGGAAGGACCGAGUGGAGCUCCUCCGAGAUGCAGAGCCAGGCCCCACCAGCGGGGGCACCGUGGGCCCCGGUGGGGAGGAGGUGCCACGGCCCCGGAUGUCCCCUGCCACCAUUGCAGCCAAGCACGGUGAGGAGGUGUCUCCUGCGGCCAGUGACCUGGCCAUGGUGUUGACCCGCGGCCUGAGCCUCGAGCACCAGAAGAGCAGUCGGGACUCACUACAGUACUCAAGUGGCUACAGCACACAGACCACCACACCCUCCUGUUCCGAGGACACCAUCCCCUCCCAAGGCUCCGACUACGACUGCUACUCAGUGAACGGGGACGCAGACAGUGAGGGCCCGCCCGAGUUCGACAAGUCAUCCACCAUUCCCCGCAACAGCAACAUCGCCCAGAACUACCGCCGCCUGAUCCAGACCAAGCGCCCGGCCUCCACCGCAGGGCUGCCCACUGCCUCGGGCACGGGCCUGCCGUCGGGUGCACCCCCUGGCGUGGCCACCAUCCGCCGCACACCCUCCACCAAGCCCACCGUGCGCCGCACCCUCUCCAGCGCUGGCCCCAUCCCCAUCCGGCCGCCCAUUGUGCCUGUGAAGACGCCCACAGUGCCCGACUCACCCGGCUACACGGGGCCUGUGCGGGCGGGCAGCGAGGAGUGUGUCUUUUAUACUGACGAGGCUGCCUCACCCCUGGCAGUGGACCUGGCCAAGUCUUCCCCAAAGAGGCUCAGCCUGCCCAACACGGCCUGGGGCAGCCCCUCUCCGGAGACAGCCGGCUACGCAGGACCGGGGGCUGAGGAUGACGAGGAGCAGCAGCAGCAGCAGCUGGCCGCCAACCGGCACAGCCUGGUGGAGAAGCUCGGGGAGCUAGUGGCAGGUGCCCACGCCCUGGGUGAGGGCCAGUUUCCCUUCCCCACGGCCCUGUCGGCCACCCCAGCAGAGGAGACACCCACCCCACCCCCUGCCGCCACCAGUGACCCCCCAGCCGAAGACAUGCUGGUGGCCAUCCGGCGCGGGGUGCGGCUCCGCAGGACCGUCACCAACGACAGGUCGGCGCCCCGCAUCUUGUGAUGGUACCAUCCACGACUCUGACCUCGGCUGAGGCAGGUGGCCUGGUCUGCUUGAAGCAGCACAGAGGAAGGCAGGGGAAGGAGCCACGUGGAGGGGGAACACAGCCAGGAAAGCAUUUUUUUAAGUCACAGGCAAAGCCACUUUAUGGAAACACACCCAGCUUAGAUUUCAGCAUCGAAACAAGAAGUGACUUCUUUAAUCCCCCUUGCCAGGACGCGCCUGCAGGCCUUGAACUGGUUUGGGAGCCUGUUUUAUACUUGCUAUUCUGUUCCCUCCUCUCCCUCCUGGCAGGCUCCGCCUUUCCCAUGUCUCUGUGAGCCCCCAGGUGUACCCCACACCCACAGCAGAGGGGUUGGGGCCACGUCCACGCCAUCUCAACCUGCGGUCUGAAGUGCCACAGCUCAGCUGACCUGGCCCACUCUCCCCAGGUGGGCAGUGCCUCGCCCUCUGCUGUGAAUCCUGGCCCUCCUCUUGUCCCGACUCUUCCUCCUCUUCCCCUCCCUCUGCCUCUCCUGAGCACCUCCAUCUGGGAGGCAGAGUGGCUGUUGAGAGGCCUGGGGCCCAGUCAGCUAAGGUAUCUGAUUGGACCAGAAAGAAAGUUCCACAGAUUGAAAAGCAGGUUGAAGCUGGGAGGCUGGCUGGCUGUAGGGGAGGGGGCUUUGGGGCCCAAAUGGAGUCUGGGGAGGAAAUGCAGGAGGGCUGCCUGGAGGCGGCUCAGGGGGCAAAGGCAGCCUUCCCUCCCCUGUGAGCUGUGGCUAGAGGGCACAGAGAGCCCCUCAGAAACUAGAGAACGACGGGAGAAGGUGAGGGCCCCAGAGAUGUGGCCAGCCAGUGGGACUGUUCUCAGGUGUCCAGUUUUCAUCUGGGCACAUCAUACUUUAACUCUGGUGGCACCUUGGGGUCACAGUUUCAGCUACCUUUGAGGUGGGGGCUGGAGUUGUACAGGGUUGUGUGCGGGGGGCGGGUAUUUUAUGAACAAAAUAAAGUGGAGCUGACUCUGGACGAGGACAGCGUGAGUAAAGUGA